AUAAACGCAAAAAUCUUUGUUCUUGUAAUCGUGCUUAAUGUCUGGCAGUCUAACUGUAAUAUGUACUGUUCAGCCUGAAAGCCAGUAAGCCACCAAAUCUGAAACAGCAUCGACGUCCAGAUCAUUCACCGAUGUCCUUGGUGCACAGCACCUGAGUGAUGGAUACCAGUAAUGCACCCUCCCUGCAGAGGGAGGACACACUAAUAGUACCCAACAAUCCCAUAGUAAGAUCAGCCCAAGACAGGAUCCUACAAAGCCUUCCUCAAGGGCUGAGAUACUGUGUGUGGAUGGACAGAGAUGAGGAUGGGGCAAGCAUGACGAUGAGGAAGGGCAUCUUCACGUCGCAAGAGUUCCAGGCUGGCCUGUGGUUUGGCCCGUAUGAGGGCUCGGUGGUUCUUCCUUCUGCGGGCGGGGUUAAAAACAAAGAGAUGUGGGAGCUACACUGCAGUGGCAAACUCUGUCAUUACAUAGAUGACAGCAAUGAUGAAAUAGCAAACUGGAUGCGUUAUGUCCGCUGUUCCAAAGAUCCUGGACCUGAUGUCAACCUCUUAGCCUAUCAGCACCGAGGUGCCAUCUACUACCACAGCUUUGCUGCCAUCAACCCUGGGAAGGAGCUUCAUGUCUGCCUACAGCACUUUAAGUUAGAAGAAGGCCUCAGUGGCUUAGGAGAUCAGCCCCACAUGUGCACUGUGUGCCGUUGCGUGCACCUGAGCCAAACUCUCCCUGCUGUGCGUUACGUCCACAAAGAGGUGCCCAGAAAGAAAACAAUCCAACCAGCUAAGACAACCAUAUCACCAGUCACAGCAGCCACCAAAAGGCUUGCUCUCAACAGCAAGAUUGACAAGUUGCGACAGAAGCUCAAGGUGGGGACAGGUGGAGACUUCAGCUCAGCCAGCACCCACACUUUAAACUUCAAAACCAUGCCAACUUGUUUGGCCUCUGGUAGCACCAGCUCAUCUGACAGCACAUCAAGCUGUGGUGUUAGCAAAAAUGUAUAUCAAAAUGAAACACAGUCUAAAUUUCCUUACAAAAGGGAAUGCUCAGAGAGUAGUAGUGAACCUAGCUUUGUUGGAGAAAGCAGAUCCGAUCUGCCACAUGGUAUUGUAGGAGGCAGAGAGUUGUCAUCGUUGCCAUACAGUUUGGAGAAAGACCCCACAGGGAAAAAGAAUUCCAGACCAGACAUGGAUGCUGGAAGGGAUUGCAUUGCCGAAGGAAAUGACUCUAGUAGCAGUCCUAGUGAUGAGGGUAGGAAGCCGGCUCCAUCUCUUGUUGAUUUACUAUCAACUGCGUCCAGUCUGAGUCCACCAAGAGCAGGAGUUGAUGCUGGGAAAGAUUUACAAGUUGGCAUGUCUGAGACAUUGACAAAUUCAAAAGAUACAACCAUAGCUGAAGGGACCAGUAAGAUGGAUAGUCAAGCCCAGGGGAUGAAGCCUUAUUAUGGUAAAAUGGUGCUAACGUCUGCCUUUCUGAAAGAGAAGUGUAAAGCAUUGGUUGAGAGGGUAGAAAAGCUCCUGCCGAACCGACAAUUUUUCUGUCUAUAUUGCGGAUGGAGGUUCAGGGAUCUUCACCACUUUAUCAAGCACAAGAGAAGACAUGUAAAGCUUUAUCGGAGGGUGAAAGGGAAAGAUAUGUGUAAGGAAUUGUGCAUUGGAGUUCAGGAUAUCUUAACAAUGAUUAAGGGCCGUGGGCCUUUUGUCUGUUCUGUCUGCAAUCGGUCAUUCAAGGAGAUUCACAAGAUGAAGAUGCAUGAGCGAUCGCAUGCUAACCACACAUGCCGUUACUGUGGUAGAAUGUUUGGUUCAAGCACUGCACGCAUCGUCCAUGAGCGUGCCCAUACUGGGGAAUGUCCAUACCCUUGCGAUGAAUGCCCCAAAGCGUUUCGUACAAACUACAUGAGAACACGGCACAAACAGCAGCGCCACAAUACUGAGUGGCUGCACAAAUGCGAGUUUUGCGACAAGAAGUUUAAAGUCAGGAGUGCCAUGACCACCCAUAUGAAAACCCAUGACAAAAAGCUGCCUUGUCCGGUCUGCGGGAAAAAUUUUGCACUGCCACGAGAUUUACUAAGGCAUGUGAAAACACAUACAAAUGAACGACCAUUCCAGUGCGAGUACUGUCAAAAGUGCUACAAACAGAAGUCAACACUCACUACACACAUCCAGAAACAUUUUGUUGGUGACUUUGCCUGCCAGUACUGCCCUCUGAAGUUCAGAACAGUACAAGCGCAUGCCCGGCAUGAGAGCACUCACACAGGAGUCAAGCCAGUAUUCAAGAGGGUUGAGAAACCUUUUCCCUGCAGGUACUGUGACAGAGUUUUCCCCCGGAAUGUAAAGAGGAAAGUACACGAAAGAGUUCACACGGGGGAACUUCCGUUUCAGUGCGAGUUGUGUGAGAAAGCAUACUCCAGCAAGAAAGGACUGGAGAGUCACAUGAGAACACACUCGGAUGAGCGGCCCUAUCCCUGCCUUGUUUGUGGGAAGAGUUUCAAAGAACGCAACACACUCAAAUGCCACAUGCGAAUCCACACUGGAGUGCGUCCAUUCAAGUGCGAGCAGUGCGACAAAACCUUCCGAGUGAGUGACGCACUAAAAAAGCACCGUCGGUCGCAUAGUGAUGAGCGUGCCUACAAGUGCCAGCAGUGUGAGAAGGCUUUCAAGCAGCUCUCGGCCCUUCGAAAGCACGAACGCUGGCACAUUGGUCUUCGGCCCCACAUCUGUGAUAUUUGCGGCCGUGAUUUUGUUGACAGGUACCGCCUGCGGAUCCAUCAGAGCAUACACCUGGAGGUGCGCCCACACAAGUGCAACAUGUGCGACAAGAGCUUCACUGAGGCUUGCCGGUUGAAGAGACACUUGCGGGAGCACGAGAAUCGGCGAGAGUUUGGCUGCGAGAUCUGCAACAAGAAAUUCAAUUUCAAAGACCAGCUGGAGACUCACGUCAAGACCCACAGUGAGGAGAGACCCUUCCAGUGCCAAAACUGCCCCAAAUGCUUCAAGAACAGCAGUGCCUUGCACCGCCAUCAACGGGUCCACUCUGACCAGUCCUUCUGCUGUCCUGUCUGCAACAAGGGCUUCAAGUUCAUGAAGUCACUCAGGAAGCACACCCUGCAACACCUUGGCAAGGAUGUCAUGUCCUUUGCUGCAUCAUCUUCAAGUCUCGCUGACCUGUGUGGUAUAAUACCGCCAAGCACCGACUCCAUCCCAGGCAGUCAAACUCAACUAGACAGCGAUAAAGAUCCCAGUUUGGAGACAAUUCCAUUCCCCAAUCAUUUCAUUAAGCAAACCUCCAGCAGUCAAUCAAGUACACACCUGAAUAUGUACCGUAAGAGUCUUGGCAUGUAUCCUGAUGAAUUCCAGGACAAUGACUCUGACCAAAGCACCAUUGUGGAUGAGCAUGAGCAGGUUCAUAAGUUGACUUCUAAAGACGAUGGAGCUCCUGAUAGUCCUGUGGGUCUUUAUCCUAUCACUCCUCUCAACCAAAUCAAAGUGGAGAGGUUUUCUGAAGAUGAGUAGGUUGAAUCCCUCAAAGUUAUAUUCCAGAGCAUUCAUGUAAAUCAGGAUAAAGUCUUUUUAUAUUGUGGUUUGGAGGAAUGAAAUGUCACAGUUUCUGAUGCUCAGAUGGUAAAAAUUCUGCCAAUACAAAGAGUUACAAAACGGGGCAAUCCAAUCUUCUUUUUGUGCCUUUUUUUUUUGGGGGGGGGGAAUGGGUUAAGAGUUGGGUGUGUGGGCGUCGAUCGUCACGGAAAUGUAAGAGUCGGUCCAAUUGAGGGUUUUCAGGGCCUAUAGAUUCAUUGAUAUAUCUUUGUCCAGCUUAUACGUCCAUGCAGUCGGGGUGUUAGCUCAGGAGAUUGUUGUCUCGUACCUUUUUAAUUUAUCAAACUUGCCAUGUACAGCGCCGCUUAGAAUGGAUGCUGAAAAUACUGAAUUUGUUGCAUGUAUAUUUGUACAUCAAGUAUCAUCAUUUUUUAGUAAUUUGUUUACAUAUGACUAAUUAAGCCCGAUAGAUUUUUAGUGAAAAAAUGACCCUUACUGUACUUUGUAACAAUAUAAUGAGUAAUUGUGGACUCUUAAGACUAGUAGUACAUGUAUCAAAUGUUGUAGUUCAUAGUAAACAAAUAUUGUAAUGUUUAUGUUGAAAUCUUUUGUCCUUUAUUAAUGUGGAAAGAGUGUCUUUUAACAAUUUGUGUUGAUUUUAUUCUAUGUCCAAAAAAUAUCUCUACAAAGUACAAACUGUCAGUUGUGCAUAUUGUAUAGGGUUUGGGCUUGGAAAAUUUGAAUUUCUUAGCUGUAACAUGCAUGC